CUCCCUUUUAAGGAUUGGCACCUUUGGGGAGCGGGGGGAAGCGGGUACCCGAAUUUGACAGGUACCCGCUCCCACUUACGGUCCGAUUGCCUAGGCGAUUGGAAGCGGAAGGUGUCCUCCCUCCCUCCCUGUAGUCUUUUGGGACACGUGACAGGUCCCAGAAUACUACAGGACCAUUCACGAAGCACGGCGCUACUCGCGCAUGCGCAGCAGGUACCCGGCUGUGAAGCCGCAAGCUAUCGCAGUGGGUGCCCACACUGAAGAUGCCGGCGCCCGGAACACAGGGCAGCCUGUGAAACUGG